AUGGAUAUCCGUCUACUGCGCAACUCGGAUUUGCCGUUGAUUCAGCAUGCGAACCUCGAGAACCUUCCCGAAAAUUACUUCCUCAAGUACUACCUCUACCAUGCCCUGUCAUGGCCGCAACUCAGCUUCGUCGCCGUCGACGUCUCCCGCCCCUGCAAGGGCCCCUACGACUACCCCAAGAUUGUCGGCUACGUCAUUGCCAAGAUGGAGGAGGAGCCGUCCGACGGCAUCCCGCAUGGCCACAUCACCAGCCUGAGCGUCAUGCGCACGCAUCGCCGGCUGGGCAUUGCUGAGAAGCUCAUGCGACAGAGCCAACUCGCCAUGGUGGAAACGUACCAGGCCAGAUACGUAUCGCUCCACGUCCGCGUCUCCAACGUCGCGGCCCGCCACCUUUACGAGACGACGCUCGGUUUUCAAACGGAAAAGACGGAAGCUAAAUACUACGCCGACGGCGAGGACGCGCUCUCCAUGCGUCUCGACCUCGACUACAUCAAGAAGCAGAUUGAAGCCGAGGAGGAGGGCGAACAGGCGGCGGCGGCGCUGACCAACGGCAGCAAGACCAAUGGCGAUCACGCAGACGAGGGCGAGGCAGUGGGAGAUGUGGGUCGCAACCCGGACGCCGGUAAAAAGAAGAAGAAGCUGGUCGUGGGUCGGACCAAGGAAGAGAGCAAGUAG